AUACCAGCAGCUACCACAACCACAACCACCAUCACCACAUCUCGACAAGCCGCCUCACCUGCAUUGGCCGCGCGUCACAAACCCUUCAUCCACGGUUUCUGUUCAACGUCUCAACCACAAACCCCUCGACCAUAUCAGGUUGUUGACGAUCGCCAUAUCCCUCCCUCCCAGCCACCGUCACCCACCUUCCAAGAUGGGCGCCAUUGCAGAACCCGCCGUUCUCGACAGCGCAACGACCACACCCUCCUCCACCACCACCACACCCACAGCCAAGAAAACCAGCAGACCCGUCCGCCCAAGUCUUCUCGGACCCAAUGGUACCGGUCGACGUACCAGCAGCUUCGUCUCAAACGGCCACAGUAGCAUCAGCUACCGCAGCCAGAGUGGACGCACGCUCACCUUCGAGUUCAAAACUCCGGCAGCGAAACCCACCGGCGACCCUUUCAGCAAGCUCGCCCCAGUGACCGAGGGCGUUCCCACGACCACCGGCGCUCAACCCAUCGCUGUUGGCAAGGGUACACCUACGACCUCGACCAACGCCACAUCGGCCACCGCCGCGGUACUGGCCAAGGCCAAGUCGGCCACACUUCCGGAGAAGGCGGAAUUGGUGGUCAGCGCGAAGAACUCUACAGCAGCGGGCGAUGUGGAACCGGGAGUUCUGUUGGGAAUCUAUGACACUUUGACAUUCUGGUGCAUGGAGGCUGUCGAGGUCGCCUGCUGGGGACCUUAUGAUGAGCUGACGACCACGACGGAGGUGAAAUGAAUCAUCUCAAGAAGCAUUCACGCCGUCGCUGCUGUCCAUUGAACAACAACGAUGGCGUUGAACAUCACAACGCACAAAGGCGAGCACACCUCUUGAUCGGACUUUCACCUUCCAAGCAAAGCGAUCGAU